GGAAGGACCCCUUUUGGCCUGCGCGCGCGGGAAGAGAGGCCGCCAUGGCGCCGCUGAGGUGAAGCAGGCCGCGGCCGGGAAAAUCCGUCGCCAUCCGCGCCGCGACGGGGCCCCAGCCACACCGGGGAGAGUCACAACGGGAGCCGGGGUCUCCCUUGGGCCGGGAUUGGAGGAGGACGGAGGUGAAGACCUCGAACCGGCACCAUGUUCCUUUACAACCUGACUUUGCAGCGAGCCACUGGCAUCAGCUAUGCCAUCCAUGGCAAUUUUUCAGGAACCAAGCAGCAAGAGAUUGUUGUUUCCCGAGGGAAGAUCCUGGAGUUGCUUCGCCCCGAUCCAAAUACUGGAAAGGUCCACACUUUGCUGACGGUCGAAGUCUUUGGGAUCAUUCGCUCCCUGAUGGCCUUCAGGCUGACCGGCGGGACCAAAGACUACAUUGUGGUGGGCAGCGAUUCGGGCCGCAUCGUCAUUCUGGAAUACCAGCCUUCCAAAAAUGUCUUUGAGAAGAUCCACCAGGAAACCUUUGGCAAGAGCGGCUGCCGCAGGAUCGUGCCCGGGCAGUACCUGGCUGUGGACCCCAAGGGACGAGCCGUCAUGAUCAGUGCCAUUGAGAAGCAGAAGCUUGUCUACAUCCUGAACAGAGAUGCCGCCGCCCGCCUGACCAUUUCUUCCCCGCUGGAGGCCCACAAGGCCAACACCUUGGUUUACCACGUGGUCGGGGUGGAUGUCGGCUUUGAGAACCCCAUGUUUGCCUGCCUGGAAAUGGAUUACGAGGAAGCGGACAACGACCCCACUGGGGAAGCCGCAGCCAGCACCCAGCAGACGCUGACUUUUUAUGAGUUAGAUCUGGGCCUGAACCACGUCGUCCGGAAGUACAGCGAGCCCUUGGAGGAGCACGGCAACUUCCUCAUCACAGUCCCUGGUGGUUCUGACGGUCCCAGCGGGGUCCUCAUUUGCUCCGAAAACUACAUCACCUACAAAAACUUUGGUGACCAGCCAGACAUCCGGUGCCCCAUUCCCAGAAGAAGGAACGACUUGGACGACCCUGAGAGAGGCAUGAUCUUCGUUUGCUCUGCGACGCACAAGACCAAGUCCAUGUUCUUUUUCCUGGCUCAGACGGAGCAGGGGGACAUCUUCAAGAUCACCUUGGAGACCGACGAGGACAUGGUCACGGAAAUCCGCCUCAAGUACUUCGACACCGUUCCCGUAGCCGCUGCCAUGUGUGUGCUGAAAACAGGGUUCCUCUUUGUGGCCUCGGAGUUUGGGAACCACUACCUCUACCAGAUUGCUCACCUGGGAGACGACGACGAGGAGCCCGAGUUCUCCUCCGCCAUGCCCUUGGAGGAAGGCGACACCUUCUUUUUCCAGCCCCGGCCGCUCAAGAACCUGGUGCUGGUGGAUGAGCUGGACAGCCUCUCUCCCAUCCUGUGCUGCCAGAUUGCUGACCUGGCCAAUGAAGAUACGCCUCAGUUGUACGUCGCUUGCGGGAGGGGCCCCCGGUCGUCCCUCAGGGUCCUCAGGCAUGGGCUGGAGGUCUCCGAAAUGGCCGUCUCGGAGUUGCCUGGUAACCCCAACGCUGUGUGGACGGUGAGGAGGCACGUGGAAGAUGAGUUUGACGCCUACAUCAUCGUGUCCUUCGUGAACGCCACCCUGGUCCUCUCCAUCGGGGAGACGGUCGAGGAAGUGACGGACUCCGGGUUCCUGGGCACGACCCCCACGCUCUCCUGCUCCUUGCUGGGGGAGGACGCCUUGGUGCAGGUUUACCCCGACGGCAUCCGGCACAUCAGAGCGGACAAACGCGUGAACGAAUGGAAGACGCCCGGGAAGAAGACCAUUGUCAAGUGUGCCGUAAACCAGAGGCAGGUGGUGAUCGCUCUGACCGGAGGGGAGCUGGUCUACUUCGAGAUGGACCCGUCCGGGCAGCUGAACGAAUACACGGAGAGGAAGGAGAUGUCGGCGGACGUGGUCUGCAUGAGCCUGGCCAACGUUCCCCCCGGAGAGCAGCGCUCCCGGUUCCUGGCGGUGGGUUUGGUGGACAACACCGUGCGCAUCAUUUCCCUCGACCCCUCCGACUGCCUUCAGCCCUUGAGUAUGCAGGCCCUCCCUGCACAACCGGAGUCGCUGUGCAUUGUGGAAAUGGGGGGCGCGGAGAAGCAAGACGAGCUCGGGGAGAGGGGCUCCAUCGGCUUCCUCUACCUGAACAUCGGCUUGCAGAACGGUGUGCUGCUCCGGACGGUCCUUGACCCGGUCACGGGAGACCUCUCCGACACACGGACCAGGUACCUCGGUUCGCGCCCCGUGAAGCUCUUCCGCGUCCGGAUGCAAGGCCAGGAAGCAGUGCUGGCCAUGUCCAGCCGCUCGUGGCUGAGCUACUCCUACCAGUCGCGCUUCCACUUGACCCCGCUUUCGUACGAAACGCUGGAGUUUGCCUCUGGCUUUGCCUCAGAACAGUGCCCAGAGGGCAUCGUGGCCAUCUCCACAAACACCCUCAGGAUCUUGGCGCUGGAGAAGCUGGGCGCCGUCUUCAACCAGGUGGCCUUCCCGCUGCAGUACACCCCCCGGAAGUUUGUCAUCCACCCCGAGAGCAACAACCUGAUCAUCAUCGAGACCGACCACAACGCCUACACGGAGGCCACCAAGGCCCAGCGGAAGCAGCAGAUGGCCGAGGAAAUGGUGGAAGCCGCAGGGGAAGACGAGCGGGAGUUGGCGGCGGAGAUGGCGGCCGCUUUCCUGAACGAGAACCUGCCGGAGUCCAUCUUUGGCGCCCCGAAGGCUGGGAACGGGCAGUGGGCCUCGGUCGUGAGGGUCAUGAACCCCAUCCAGGGCAACACGCUGGACCUGGUGCAGCUGGAGCAGAACGAAGCCGCCUUCAGUGUGGCGGUCUGCCGCUUUGCCAACGCUGGGGACGACUGGCACGUGCUGGUGGGGGUGGCCAAGGACCUCAUCCUCAACCCGCGCUCCGUGGCCGGGGGCUUCGUCUACACCUACAAGCUGGUCAACAACGGGGAGAAGCUGGAGUUCAUGCACAAGACCCCCGUGGAGGAGGUGCCCGCUGCCAUCGCUCCCUUCCAGGGCCGGAUCCUGAUUGGUGUCGGGAAGCUCCUGCGGGUCUAUGACCUGGGCAAGAAGAAGCUGCUCCGGAAGUGCGAGAACAAGCACAUUGCCAACUACAUCUGUGGGAUCCAGACCAUCGGGCACCGGGUGAUUGUGUCGGACGUGCAGGAGAGCUUCAUCUGGGUGCGCUACAAGCGGAACGAGAACCAGCUCAUCAUCUUUGCGGACGACACCCACCCGCGAUGGGUCACCACCGCCUGCCUCCUGGACUACGACACGGUGGCCGGCGCAGACAAGUUCGGAAACAUCUGCGUGGUGAGGCUGCCCCCAAACACCAACGACGAGGUGGACGAGGACCCGACGGGCAACAAGGCUCUCUGGGACCGUGGGCUGCUCAACGGCGCCUCUCAGAAGGCGGAGGUGAUCAUGAAUUACCACGUGGGGGAGACGGUGCUGUCCCUGCAGAAGACCACCCUGAUCCCCGGAGGCUCCGAGUCCCUGGUCUACACCACCCUCUCGGGGGGCAUCGGCAUCCUCGUCCCCUUCACGUCCCACGAGGACCACGACUUCUUCCAGCACGUGGAGAUGCACCUGCGGUCGGAGCACCCCCCUCUGUGCGGCCGGGACCACCUCAGCUUCCGCUCCUACUACUUCCCCGUCAAGAACGUCAUUGACGGAGACCUGUGUGAGCAGUUCAACUCCAUGGAGCCCAACAAGCAGAAGAACGUCUCGGAGGAGCUGGACCGGACCCCUCCCGAGGUCUCCAAGAAGCUGGAGGACAUCCGCACCCGCUACGCCUUCUGAGCAGGGGGGGCCCUUCGCAGGGCUGCUGCGGCCAGGACUGGCCCUCCUUACGCGUGGGGGGGGAGCACCGGCCCCCAUCCCUUUAGUCCCCACGCUCGUCCUGAGUGUCCCUUGUGUGCCCGGUUCCGGAACCUUGCUCCUUUCAAGGAUCCUUGGGGCUUGGAAAGGCGGCAUCCUCAUCCCUUUGGCAGCCCCUUGGCUGCCCUGCCUGGAGAGAGGAGGGUCUGUGCACACCCCAUGCGCUCCUCCUGAGACUGCUGUGAGUGAGGAAGGGGUGACCGGGGCCCAGAAGUGUUGGAAGGCCCCCAUCCAGGGCCUGGGUUGUUUUUUUUACCUUUGUUGUAAAUACUGUGUAGUCCCUCCUGAGUCUUGACCAGCUGUAGAGGCCGCCUGGUCCCAAGGCACGGCUGGGUUUUUCAUGUCAGAGAAGAAAGAGGGCUUCCGCAUUAAAGUUUGGCCAGCAACGCUG